CCUCCUGCGAAGGCCGAGCCUAACGCCGCGCUGUUUUGUCGCAGAGUGAUGACGGAGCCUCGCGCGCCGCCCUAAGCGCAGGUGACAGGACCCGAGAAGCCGAGAGAAAGGGUGGGGGGCGCGCCGGGCCGGUGACAUGAGGCGGCCUCGCUGGCCGGACGAAAAAGGGGACGGUGGGCUUUAGCGAGCGGGCUGGUGCCUUUCCACUCACAGGGCCGCCGCCAUGUUCCGUCGUGCUAGAUUUAGUGUGAAGCCGAACGUGAGACCGACCGCGGCGGGGAGAGGCAGCAACUCCACCACUCCCACCACUAUUACUACCACUAUCCCCUCCUCAGUCAGCCCGGCGGCAACCGCGACCCCAGAUCUAGAAGUCCAGCAUAGCUCGGAUCCCUCUCCUUGCUCCUCUGUGAUUGUGGGGAGCUCAAGCCCCCAGCCGGGAGCUGCCGCUGGAGACCCUCACCAGAGUCACGGUGGAGGUAACAAGAGAGAUGAUAAUAUCCAUGAUGCAAGUGGUGAUAAAGAUGGUAGUAAGCAUGCAGAGACUGUUCUGCAGAGAAGAAAACGAAUAUCCACUAUGCCUAAUCUUGCUAAACCAAGAUUUGCACUUUCAUCUACUCCACGUGUUGUCAGUUUGGUAACAAAAGGUUCACAAAAACAAGUGCCUCAUGCCCCUACUUGUAGUGGCUCUCCGCUUCAGAAGGAGUCUUCAUCACCUGAAAAAAUUAAUAUUGAAAGUUCUCCAAAGUCGCCCAUAUUGCCUGAAAAGAAAACACCUGUGCCCCAAGUACCACAGUUCUCUCCAUUUAAAAAAUCUGUCAGUAAAGAGUCAAAUGCAUGCAUAACUGCUCAUAGAAGUGAGGAAGCCUUGCAGAAGAACACGUCCUCUCCCCUCAAAGAGAGACCUACCCAGGAAAGACUGAUGCAAGAUGAAACGUCACAGUCAAAAUCUGCUCCAGAAAAAGAGAAAAGGAUAUGUUCUGAUCGUGAGAAAAUAAUCAAAGCUCAGAAGCUAAGGAAGAUGCUCAAGGAAGAAUUGAAGAAAGAGAAGCAACAACGGAAAAAUAAAUGCCCAGUAAUUGAAAAACAAACUCCAGAAGAUCGUUCAAAAAUGAUUAUGAGAGACUUCAUAUACUAUCUGCCAGAAAACAAUCCUAUGAAGACUUCACUGGUGGAAGAAAAGAAAAUGGAAAAGACUUCUACAGUGACUCAAGCAAAAGAACCUGAAGAAAAAACAAUUGCUGACCAUGAAGAUGAAAACGAGGAUGCUGAGGAAGAAGAGGGAGAGGAGGAAGAUGGCCCUCUUCUAGUUCCUAGAGUGAAAGUGGCAGAGGAUGGUUCAAUUAUUCUGGAUGAAGAAAGUUUAACUGUAGAAGUUUUAAGGACAAAAGGACAGUGUGUGGUGGAAGAAAAUGAUCCCAUAUUUGAACGUGGUUCCACAACAACUUACUCAAGUUUCAGAAAAAGCUAUUAUACCAAACCAUGGUCUGAAAAAGAAACGGACAUGUUUUUCUUAGCUAUAAGUAUGGUAGGAACUGACUUUUCAAUGAUUAGUCAACUUUUCCCUCACAGAGCGAGAACAGAGAUUAAGAAUAAAUUUAAACGUGAAGAAAAGUCCAAUGGAUGGAGAAUAGAUAAAGCAUUUAAAGAAAAAAGGCCAUUCGACUUUGUUUUCUUCACAAAACUCCUAGAAAAGGUCCUGGAAAAUGAGAGGAGGAAAAAGGAAAAUGAUGCCAAAUGUCAACAUCCGAAAGAAAAAAUAUCCAAAGAGAAAAAAGCACCCAAGCCUCAUAAAAAACGAACAGCUAAAACUGUGAAUGGACAACCAAAUCGUGGUCAGGAUGAUCACCAGAAUGUCAGAAUUUCUGAUGAAGAAAUGGAAGUGGAUUCUGGGACAGCUGAAAAGGAGAAUGAAGAGUCUCUUAGCAUCUUGGAACAGUCAGAGGGGCAAACAGUUACUGAGUCAGUCAUGACGAAAAAGAGAAGGAAAAGGAAAAAACGGGAUUCUGAACUAGAGGCAGAGAAUUCUUCUGAAGAGAGAAAUAUUCCUGCAGACAUGUCUGAGGGGCAAAGAACAAGAAAGGAAAGGGAAAAUACAUCAUCCGGCGUGGAGAUCAGUGGUGUUGAUGAAGAGGAUUUGGCAGUUCUUGAUGGAGAAUCACCUGAUGAAACUCUUCCUCCAAUUGAGGAAGAGCCACAGUGCUUCAUACAAUUGAAUGAAGGUGCCAAGGGAGAUGCUAGUCAAACUUCAUCAAGUAUGCAAGAGAGUGCAUUCAUAGAAGCGGAGUCUGGUGAAUUAGAUGAUUCAGAAACUGGUUCUGAGCAUUAUCUUGAGCAGCCUUUUCCAAGCACAGCUAUAGCAGGAUUUGACGAGAGUAGCACCAAAAAGAACGAAGUAGCUGAAUUGGAUAAAAAUAGCAGUAUACCAGCAAUAAGUAAUGAUGAUGAAACAAGUUCAACAAGAGCAUCAAAAAAAAGUGAGCCUCCAGUUAAUGACACAUCAGGAGUCAGGAUAAUCCCUUCAGAGUCUCUGGAAGGUACACCCAAGAAUACUGUGGAAGAUAAAGUAGCUAAAACAACUGGCCCUACCAUAGAAGAUAUGGCAGAAAGAACAAACAAUGAUGUGGGGAAGGAAUCCCAAGAAACUCAAAAUGUUCUUGUAGAAAAAACAGAAAUGAGAGGCCGCUGGCAGAAAUUGAAACCUAAUAUAGUGAAAGUGUUCAGCAGAAAAGAAGAACCUGGCCGAGGCAAAUUGGAGUGCAGAACUGUUUGCCCAGAGCCUGAUGGAACAGUGGGAAAGAAUAAUGAACUGGAUGACACACACAUGGUCACCACAGCAGAGACUGUAGAGAAAGAUUUCCUGCAUUUACAUACUAAAACUCUGGCUUGUGAGAAAUCUACUUUACAAGAAAAUAGCAAGCAGACCAUCCUAAAACCUGCAUUGUUAGCAAGGGGGCGAAUGCAGAGGAUAAAGCCAAAUUUAGGAAAGGUAGUUAGAAGGCAAGGGGAAUCACCAAGAAAUACUGAGGCAGAAGGAGAAAAAGCAACUGAAGUAACCAGUGUGCCAGAGAAGACUGUGAUGCAACAUGAAUGCAGUAGCAGUAAACUCCUUAUUAAGGAAACCGCUGAGGCAACCAGUUAUGAAGCUGAUAUGUCACACCCUGAGGUAUUAGAAAACAAAGCUGUUGCUUGUGCUGUGGAAGUCGAUUCAGUGCACACAAGCCAACCUCCUGUAAUGAAGCCAUUAGAAUGUGAGAGUUGUGAACUUAAAAAUACAUCUCUGUCAAGUGACUGUGUGGAAGGUGUGACGGAUCUUGCAGUUGGGGUCUCUGGUCUUCAGCAAAAACAAAAAGAAAUCACUCUGGAAACAGAACAUGCUUGUAAGAGUUACCUUCUGAGUCUAGAGGAGAAUGUAGGAAAAGCAGCUGAAAGAAAGGAACCACUAGGAGCAGAAACAAAGAUGCUUGAAGACAAACAUGAAACUGAGAACAUGGAAAAGAGUUCUGUAACUAGUGAACACAGCAAAUGUUCUGAUCCAAAUGAAACAGCAACAUGUGGAAUCUUGCCAUCCUCACAUUUGUUAGAGCAAUGCCCUGAAGAUGUUCAAGAUGUUGUUGCAACAGGAAAAAAUCCGGCAACCCUUACGGGCUUAGCAAGUGGUGAAACAAAUGAAGUUUCACUGCCCUCAGAUAUUCAAGAAAAGACUUCUCUUGGUAGACAGAGCUCACAAGAAGAAAGCAACCAGAGUGGUAUUCAACCAACACUACUGCUUAGAGGAAGAUUCCAGAGACCCAAACCUAAUAUAGGUCGGGCAAUUGGAAAGAAAGAAAUACAACCCGUGGAAACAAAUAAAUCAACAGCAGCAAUAGUUGGAACUGAGAAGUCAGAACUUCAGAAAUCUACCAGAAUUUAUUCUACAAAACCUCAAUUAAACUGUGAUGGUAAAAUCUUAUCUGCUGAAGCUCAGGAGAGCAGACUGGUAGACUGUGAGAAGUUGAUCCAGGAAGACUCUCAAGUGCCCAGUACUUCUCAGACUAUUUCAGAUCAGUGUGUCAGAGAAAAGUCUGCUUUCCAAGAGGAUAAACCAAAUACUAUCAAGCCAGCUCAGCUUGUGAGAGGGAGAUUUCAGAGAGCCAAACCCAACCUUGGAAGGAUAAAUGGCAAAAAGAAAGUGCCUGUGGCAGAAAAUGUUGGGGUUCCAGUUGAGAGAGAGAGAGGAAAGUCAGUGACAGAGGGGAUCAGGAUAAGUGAUCUGAACCUGCCUUCACAGGAUGAAGUCAAUGUCCAAACAUCCCUGUGUAAUCUGGAGGAAAAAAACAAAUCAGAAUCCAGUGAAGCCAUAUUGCCAGAAAGUUGUAUUGAACAGAAUAAACAGUCUUCCCCUGAGAAGUUGCAGAGAUGUGAACUUCUGAAAGACCAAGAGGAAACUUGUGUUUCUAAGGAUGUUGAAGGAAAGCAUCUGGAUAUUCCUGAAAGUGAUAUUGCUGCCCCUCAAGAAAUAAGUCAAACAAGGCAUACAAAGACCUCUCAGCUUGUAUGGGGUCAUCUUCAGAAGCCAAAACCAGACCUAACCAAAGCAGCUAAAAAGAAAGAAUCCUCUUCAGAGGGAGAAGUCAGUAUGGAAGACAAGAUUGAAGGAGAUGCAGAAGGUGAUUUAUCCCUUCGUAGCAGCACAUCUGGAAAAAUAUCCAUACAUGAUUCUGGAAAAUUGGUGGAAGCUGCAUCAUCUUCCAAAUGUUCAGCAGAAAGAAAAUGUGCAGACAUCAUUGAAGUAGUGCCUGCAAAAAGAAACAAGCACACUGGAAAAUGUGAAUCUUCAGAACAGUCUUCAAGGGGUGAAAGUCAAAGCAAGAAAGAAAUCAUGAAACCUAUUUCUAUUCGGGCGAGGGCAUCAGAAAUACUGAAAAGAAAACUACCAGAAAGAACCCUGAAACAGAAAAAAACCAUCUGUGAGUCGAGGACAGAUUUUUCCGCUUCUGGGUGUGGAACUGAUCAUGGUGAAAAAGGGAGACGCCUCCGAAAAGCUAAACCAAAUGUCAGCAGAGGCAGAAGCUUGAAACCAGCACUUGCCAAGAAACCCAGAAAAGAAUAUGGAAGUUCAAAAGUUAACCUGGUGACUCUUAGGGCCUCUUCUCAGGAAGAAGAAGAAGAAGAUGAUGAUGCUGAUGACUUUCUGCUGGAUGAUGAAGUUGAAUGCUUUUCACCAGAGGAAGUAAACAAAGCUCCAGUAUUUGUUCCUAAAGGGCUUCGUUCUCCAAAUCCAGUUCCUGUUCAGAUUGAGGAGACUAUGGAAGAGCUUGAGAUAUAUGAGAAUGUUGCAGAUGAGCCAUGUGUUGCUCCUGCUGAAUAUCUGUGCCAUGAACUGAAUAUCGCUGCAGAGCCGGUAAUACAGGGAGAUAAAGAAUUGUACCCUCCACAAGUAGUUAUUAUAAAAGAAAAGCCAGAUGAGAAAACAGAGAUUAAUGAUGGAAGUACUGAAGCAGCCAUGACAUUACUUGCUAUGAGAGAUCCAGUGCUCCAGUUAAGCAUCAUCACCCAAGAAAAUGAAAAAACUCAGAAAUUUCCCACUCAAGAUGUGCAGAAUAUUGCUGGUUUCUCAAAUGAGCAUAAUGAAAAGCAAAGUGUAGUCCAUAGCAAUGUGCCACUUUCUGCCCCUUCUAAAAAUCAAUUCAUUUCUUCAAGCAAUAUGAGCAAAGGUGCUACAGAAGAUCAUGGUAUUGAGCGAUUCAGUUUGGAGGAUUGCUUGCAGGAAAUGACUAACUUGUCACUUCCUGAGCCUUCAAAAAAUGAACUGGUUUCUUCACACACUAUGAAUAAAGCUGCUCCAGAGGAUCAGAGUACAUCGUGUUUGGAAGAAUGCUCACAGGAAGCAACUAGAGUCAACAGUUACUCUACUUCAUCCAAAGGAAAUAAUACAUCCAGUCUAAGAAAAUACCAAUUUCCUAAGCCAAAACCAAAUCUUAGCAGAGGUCUGGGGCUAAAUUGCAGUGUUCCUCAAAAAUCACUUAGUCCAGGUUCAGAUGUGGAGCAAAUGAAUGAAAUCCAGAAUGCAGAAGAGAAAGCAUCAAAAAAUGUUACAGAAGGGCAGAAAGUACCACUGGAGCAGAAUCUCCGAUUGGACAAGCUAGCUGAGAGCAGCUCUGCUGACAACCAUGAUUUACAGCCUGGAAGCGCCAGCCAGGCCAUGCAGAAAAACAACCCUGAAAGAGAGAACCUGGUAACAGAGACUUGGAAAUCCAAAUUGGAAUUAACAGCUCAAAAACCUUCUCCAGAAGUGGAAACCUAUCCUCCUGAACUGCAAGGUGACACCACCACACACAUUAAUGUCCAGCUUCCUGAAAACAUUUCUGUUGAACAUGAUUUGCGUACAAUUGAAGUAAUGCAGACGGAAGAAAGCAAGCAUUCCAGUAUUUCAGCAACCACAGAAAUAACUGCAGUAGUGAGUGGUGGUAUCAAAGAAUAUUUAAAGGCAGAGGAGCCAACAUUCAUUUUAACGUUGGUGGAAAUCCCAGCUGAUGCAGGGGAUUGCAGUGCUGUAUCCACUUCGCUACAAAGUACUUCUCAGGAAUUGCUCCCAGCAUCACUGUUUUUAAUGCCAGAUAAUACAGAAUCAGUGGAACUGACAAGAGAGGAUAGAUCCACAACAGCUAUUGUGGAAGAAAAUGCUGCUUCUAUGAAUACUGCUUCACAAACAGGAGGAUUGCAGGCAACCCCACCGGAACAUUUGGCAGAUCCAGGUUCAGUCUCUUGGAAGAACAAGAAAAGGAAGGAUUUUGAAGGAAGUAGCAAUCCUCUCAAAAAGAGAAAAGCACAUUCUGCAGAGCAAAGCCUGAAAAGCUCAAAUAAGGAGACCUCUCUUAAAUUAAGAUGUAUACCAAGGAAAACUGCUGAAAAAAGGUCAGAUAAAUUGAACACUUUAGAGAAGAAAAACUCAUCUGCCUCUAGCUCAGUACAUGAAACUACAGAGCUACAAGUGGAGGAAAGAGAACUGCCUCAAUCUUCACUGAAUUUAGGUUCUGUGCUGCUUGAUGAAGCAGCCAGUACAGAUGAGCACAUGUCAAGAACACUCCAUGUAAGGAAAGCAGAAACCAGCAAAGGACAAAGAAGCUUUGUUAAGACUUGUACAUUGGUACAGUCUGAACAAGUUGGGAGCAGAAUUCCUCCAAAAAUGCCAUUAUCCAGACCCACUCAGAGAUCUCUCAGAUUUUCACCCUUAAUUUGCAAAACAAAUAGUACUGAUGAAGAAGGAACUAAUAAAGCAAAUAAACAGAUUCUUCAGAAACCCCACCCAACAGUCUCCAAAAGCACUGCUGAAUGCCCAACUUUGUCUCCACGAGAUAGGGAAGAGACUCAAGGAAACGGUUCCUAUCUGUCAACCAUCUCAUUACCUUCCAAUUCAAGCUCAUCUACUGCGUUUUUUUCAGAAUUAUCUGAGAAUGAAGGCUCUACUAAGGAGCAGGAACAUGAGGAAGAGCCAACUAAGAUCUCAGAAUAUUUCUUUAGUGAUAUUUUUAUGGAGGUGGAUGAUUCAGAAUAACAGAAAAAUGUGUCAGAUGUCUGUCAGCCAUGAAUGCCCUGUAACAGCAAUGUAAUAUCUUUGAUCUGUCACGAUUUCUCAAUUAGUCCUUGCAUUUAAAUGGACUAUAGUACACCUUGUUGGCAUAUUAAAUUAUUUUUCUCCAAAUAAUUGUUCACUUUUGAAACACUUAAAAAAACACAACAACCCACACACAUCACAACAGCAAUUGAUCUAUGUUUGAUUUUGAUAUAAGUAGUUCCUAGAUGCAUGGCUGUGCUUUAGAAAUGCAAUGGAAGUCAUAUCUGUAUGACCAUAUAUCUUCUUAAUAUAAUGCUGAUAUUUGUGGGGCUGGUUGUACAUUAUUUUUACUUCUUUUUGUGAAGUAAACCUUAUGAGGAGUGGGUCAUAUUUAUCUCUGUAAAUAAACAAAUUCUGAACAUUUCUGUGUAAAAAGCUGACGAAAUAUUUUAUGUACUUAUUUUUAUGUAUUUUUAUAACGAAUGCAUUUGUGAACUGGUUCAAAAGUAAUGUUUAAUUCUAAAUGUACAGAGAUAAAUGUGAAAAACUAUUUAUGUAAUCUGAAUGUUUCAAAAGAUAACUAAACCAAGUUAUUUCUGUCUGUCCUUAGAUAAGGAAGAAUCCUUAAUUACUCCAGUUCUAAGCACUGAGUGCUAAAUCAAAAACUUAAAGAACAAUGAGCCUGCAGUUUGUGUAAACUUUCAAAAAUUACCCAUAUCAUACCACUGACAAAGAGAAAUUAGAAUUUAAAAUCAGGAGUAAAAGAGUAAGAUCAUAAAAAGAUAAUACCAUGAUGAUUAUUGGUUAUUAAACCAACUAAGCUUGGUUCCCCUCUUUGUUAUCUGUUCAAAUUUUUGUUUCCUGUCCUACUGUAUCACAACCCAGUCAGUUAGUUCAUGAUUUACUCAGAAGGCACAUCCGCUGUUGAUUAUUGUUGGGGGGAAAUGUCUGAACCAGUCACAUGGUUGUCUGAAAAAGGUGUCCUGUAAAAGAACUAUUUUUCUCUGCACUUUUCUAAUGUUUUGAUACUAAAUUCUGAUUGUUUCCUCCACUACAAUUAGCAAUUGGGGGACCACACACCCCCAGAAAUAUUUAAUACAUGCACUGUCUGUGAAGUAGCUGUUUCUACUUUUAACUGUUGCUCAGUAGUACAUAUGGUUUCUGCACAAGGAAUUACUUCUGUUUCCUAGACUACUUAUUCUGUCCCUAUAUCAUCCAAAAUUAUUGAUAUUUUCUAAAUCCUGAUUCUCAAAUAAUUUGUUUAAGGCUCUUGUCACUUCUUACAAAGACAAUGUACCAUAUAGCUUUCAAUAAAAAAUCAUUGCCUUAAUUAUCAGACUAACACAUUUAUGAUUAUUUGAGUUUCCUUUUUAAUUUGUAGUAUCUGAAGAGAGCACCAGAUAGAGCAAAAAUAGCCCAAUUGUGGAUAAUUUACCAAAUGUAUAUUCAGAUCAAUUGACUCAGAGAAGCAUUAACAUUUUUCAGCUGUAAAAAAAUGAAAGGCUCUAGCCUUUCAUCAGCUCUAGCAUGGAAAUAUGUUUCUUAUGUUAAAACACAGAGGAAGUAUCAAAUAAUGUACUCAGGUGUUACUGAAAUGAUGCAAAAAUUGCUCAUGUAAUUGGAGUGAUUGAAGCUACAACGCAAAACACAAUUGUUUUACAAAUCAUAUAAAAGCUGAACUUUAAGGUGCCCUAUCUUUCUAUGCUUAAAUGGAAAGGACAAGAGAUCAAUCCUGUUAAUUUUUACUGUAAACCAUGUACUCUUUGAAAUAUAUUUAAUUUCAGUAAACGGGAUACUAUGUGUUGGUUUCUGGCAUGAAUAUUAUGUAGUAUACCUUACUAAUAGAAGAAAACUGAGCAACAUCCUGGGUUAAGAAACAAAACAUUUCUAUUAUAAAGUGAUAGGGGAUUGCUUUCAUGGAGAGUUUCACACAUUUUUUGAACUGUGUAUUAUGUUCAUGUGUAAGCUUUCUGUUUCAAAGAAAGCAAUAAUGUUAUAUAUGUAAAUUAUGUGAAUAAAAUUUUUAUACUGCGUA